AGUCAACUAGCUUGCCUUGAAUGUUUCCAGGUUCGGUAGACAAGCAAGAGGAACGAGGCGCUUCACAGAAGGUCGAGUGAUCUGUUUGGUCCUUUUUAGAUCCGCCUAUCAACACGCCCUUGUUCUUGGAAUAAAUAUCGAAGACCAUGGAGACAGAAAUCGAUCAGCAGGAGGAAACCUCAUUUGGCAACACAGAAACUAAUGGUAAGCGUCCUGCUGAGGAUGCAGAUGAGCAUAAAUCAUUCAAGCGCUCCAGGAACUCUGAUGAAAUGGUUGAGCUGCGCAUUCUCCUGCAGAGCAAAAAUGCUGGAGCUGUAAUUGGAAAAGGUGGCAAAAACAUUAAAGCUCUUCGCUCAGAUUACAAUGCCAGUGUGUCAGUCCCAGACAGCAGUGGGCCUGAGCGAAUCCUGAGCAUCAGUGCAGACAUUGAGACUGUUGGUGAAAUCCUGCUGAAGAUUAUCCCGACAUUGGAAGAGUACCAGCAGUACAAUGGCAUGGAUUUUGACUGUGAGCUGCGUCUGCUGAUCCACCAGAGCCUGGCUGGCUCAAUCAUCGGGGUAAAGGGAGCCAAAAUCAAAGAGCUCCGUGAGAACACAAAGACCAGCAUCAAGCUGUUUCAGGAGUGCUGUCCUCAGUCGACAGAUCGAGUUGUGCUUGUUGGUGGUAAAAGUGAACGGGUGGUGGAAUGUGUCAAGACUAUGUUGGAGCUCAUCUCUGAAGCACCCAUCAAGGGCCGCACACAGCCGUACGACCCUAACUUUUACGACGAAACGUAUGAAUACGGCGGUUUUACCAUGUUCGAGGAACGAGGGGGCGGUCGCAGGCUCAUGGGAAGUUUCCCCAUGCGAGGAAGCAGGUCUAGCGGUGACCGCGGGUACGAUCGAAUGCCUUCCAGCAGGGUGGGGCGGGGUCCGCUGCAUCCUUCCCGGCGUGACUAUGAUGACAUCAGUCCCCGUCGAGGUCCUCCUCCUCCUCACCACAGUAGGGUUGUCAGGCCGAGCGGCCGUUCUCGCAACAUGCCCAUGGGACACCCACACAGAGGAGGAGAUGAUCGUUACUAUGAUUCGUACCGUGGCUCAGAUGAAAGGUCAAAUGACAGAAGAAGCAGACCGGAUCGCUAUAGCGAUAAUAUGAGUGGUGGAUAUGACAACAGUUCUUCUUGGGAUAGCUACCAGUCAGGUGGACGUGGCUCCUAUAAUGAUAUGGGUGGCCCUGUCAUCACCACACAAGUGACCAUACCUAAAGAUCUGGCUGGCUCCAUUAUUGGUAAGGGAGGUCAAAGGAUCAAGCAGAUUCGGCAUGAAUCUGGAGCUUCCAUCAAGAUCGAUGAACCUUUGGAAGGUUCUGAGGACCGAAUCAUUACCAUUACGGGCACACAGGAUCAGAUCCAGAAUGCCCAGUACCUUCUACAGAACAGUGUGAAGCAGUACUCUGGUCACUUGCUGUAAACCCAAGGAGGCUCAGAUUGGACCAGACACAGAGUGACUAUUAUUCUGGAUUGUGGAUUUUUUUUAGGUUUAUUUUUAUAUAUUUUUUUAAUUAAUUCAAUGUCCAACAUUCCUUUCCACCGAGGAAAAAUUACCAGUAGAUUGACAUUUUUAAGAGUGUAGUACAAUAGCUAAAACUGAUUUUUUUUUUUUUUCUUUUUUCUAACACUCAUAUCAAAAUAUCUGACUUCCUCCAGAUAGAAAUGGCUAUACAUUUUCUCAUGGUUGUAUGUUUUCAUGCCUAAAUGUGUAUGUUUGUGUUGGCAAAGGUUUCCAUGAGUGUAUGUGCCGGUGCAGCUGUGUAUCAUAUGGCAGUGUGGGAGUUUGAAUGGUUCGUCUGACUUGUCACUCAUUUUUUUUUCUCAGCAACAUGAACUGGGUCUUUUUGUAGAGCUUUGAGGAACUUGACCUUGCUGAUUGGGUUUUGCUGGGUUUUGUGGGAGUUGAGCAUACAGCAAAUUCACAAGUCUAUUUGUAUGAAUUCAGUUGUUCUGUGACGAGAGAGAAUCAUUUGAGUAAUUUCAAAAAUCUAAACAUAUUUGUAGUUAAACAUUUGUCAUAGACUUUUUUUUGGAGAGUAUUAAAAAAAACUAUAUUCAGAUUUUUUUUUUCUUCUUGUAUUGUUUUUUUUUUUCUCUUUCUGUAUUUUUUCCCAUAAACGUGUGCUCUCCAUUAUAUUGACUUCACAUUGUCAAGUUCUAAGACAAAUAAAGCUGAUGCCACUUUUUACUGAA